GCGUCAGCUCCAUUUUAUUGCCGCUCUGAGCUCCUCUGUAAUUCCUCUUUGUUCCGCUAACAUCUCCUCGCAGGAUUAUCCUCUCAGUCUGCUCUCAAGCGGCCGUUUUCUCUUAGCGCCGACGAAACGCGCUCACUCGUAUGAGCGACUGUUGUCAAACGGAGGAACGCACGGAGACUAGCUAGCUGCUAACGGAGUUAGCUGCUAACCUAGCUAGCUGCUAGCACAGCUGCUCUCAGGCUUUCAUUGACUGACGCAACCUCCACAGAGUGUCAAAAUGAGCACAGCCUCCUCCCAAAAAGUGGUCCUGAAGAGCACCACCAAAGUGUCCCUGAACGAGCGCUUUACUAACAUGCUGAAGAACAAGCAGCCCUCUGCGGUAAGCAUUCGGGCCACCAUGCAGCAGCAGCAUUUGGCUAGCGCCCGCAACCGCCGGCUCGCCCAGCAGAUGGAGAACCGGCCGUCGGUGCAGGCUGCUCUCAACCACAAGCAGAGCCUGAAGCAGCGGCUGGGGAAGAGCAACAUCCAGGCCCGGCUGGGCCGGCCGGUGGGGGCCCUGCUGCGAGGGGGGCCGGUCGGGGGCCGGGGGGGCGUGAUGCGGGGCCUGAUCCGGGGGGGUCUGCGAGGAGGCCGAGCCCGAGGAGGCGUGAUGCGGGGAGCGCUGACUCUGAGAGGGAAGCGGGUGCUGACGGGCGCCGCCAUGCGGGGCCGCGGCGCCGUCGGCCGCAUGCAGAUGCGUCGAGGAGGCCGCCACCGCGGAGGACUGGGCGGACGGGGAGGGGGCGUGUCCAGAGGAGCAGCCCGAGGAGGAAUCAUCAGAGGGCGCGGCGGUCUGCGUGGACGCGGCGGCUUCGCCGGCCGUGGUGGGCGUGGCCGUGGGCGGGGCCGAGGCGUGAGCCGGCCGGCCGUCACCCGGGAGCAGCUGGACAACCAGCUGGACGCCUACAUGUCCAAGACCAAAGGUCACCUGGACGCGGAGCUGGACGCCUACAUGGCCCAGGCAGACCCCGACUGCAUGGAGUGAGGAGACCCGGUCCCGGUCCCGGUCCCGGUCCGGGACCCGGGUCGCUGGGAGGAGGCGCCGCGCCGCGCCGCGCUGCGCUCACACCAGGGGCAGCAGAGUGACUGGUGAGACUGUGAGCUGCAGGAGGAGCCGGGAGCCCAACGUUCUGCUGAGCCCUGCUCCUGGAGGACCUGCUGGCCCCGCGCCUCCUCUCCUCGUUUUUCGCCGUUGGUUUCCAUCUCUGCUCAGAGAUCCUCUCGAUCCAGUGGAAACUUUGUGUUGCAGCCACUUUCUCGGUAUCUUAUUUUUUUGUUUGAUUUUAGCGUUUGUGUGUUGGACGUGUGGAGUUCUGCCGUCGGGGAAACAUUUUAAAGCUUGUGUUGAGACGAAUGUAAGCCGAGUUAUGAAGCCAAGUAUCCAUUUGUACUUUUCUCCUUUCCUUCAAGAUGUUUGUAUUCCCCAGAGCAAGUGAGAUAUGUUUUAAAUAAAGUGAAUGUGAUGGUACCCCGCUGCUGUCUUUCCACAUGAACUGAGUUGACAUGUUGACUGUUAAAAUAUCAUAAAUGUUGAUAAAUGAGCCACUUGAAGUCCACCAGGAAAGCUGAGCAGUCCAGAGAUAAAUACUAUUCCUUUAAGAGAUGUAUCCUCACGUCUUUCAUAA